GCUCAGCAUUUAUACACUUCUGACACCUCCUCCUCCCCCCACCACACACACACACACACACACACAUACACAUAAAACUCUUCCAUUUAAACCAUAUCUUCCUUUCUCUUGAUCUGAAGUCAGGCGUCAUUGCUGAUUGGAGAAAUGCCAUCUUCAUUUCCUUGGAAUCCUGCUCCACAUGGAGGAAGAAGCCUGGCUAAGCUUCUUGAGGAGCAGCAGGAGCCAUUUCUACUUGAAGUCUAUCUUAUGGAGAAUGGAUGCUCAGGGAGGAUGAUAGCAUCUCAGUCAAAGCCUUUCUGUUGGCCUUUGAAUCUUUGCAAGAGGCUUAGGAUAAGACAAACCAGCAGACAAGAAGGAAUAACUGCUGUUUUCCUCAAACGCACAUUGGCCAGGUUUAUCUAUAGCAAAACUGCUACCAUUGAGCAUAGAAGACUGAGUUUCUCCAGCUGUUUCUCAGAAGAAUCUAAGCACCAGCUGAGUCCUGUGUCAAUUUUAGAGCUGUACUCUGCUGAAAGUUCUCCAUUUCAUAAUCACAUUAAACAUGAGUGCAGAUCAACAUCAAGCAUGGAUGCAGCGCUGAACAAGGUCAACAUAACAUUUGAAGUCGUUCAUCAGAAUUCAAAGUCUCUUAAUUAUGCUGAGAAAAGAAAUAAGUUUAGCAAAAGAAGAAUCAGUAUCAGGCCUGCGCUUGACUGUGUUAGAAAAGAAAAGGAGAAGAUGUGGAGCUCUUACGGUAUUCAGAGCUCAACUGACUUGAUAAAAAAGGCCAUGAAUGAUCUCAUCCUGUCUUGGGAAAGGCAGAAGGGAGAUGUGAACAAUUUGGUUUCGGAUUUCUCAACUUGGAAGGAGUGGAACCAAUUCAAGCCUCCUCAAGUCAGAGAGAUUGGAUUUGUUAUAGAGGCUGCUAUAUUUGAUGACCUUAGUGAAGAGGUUGUUUUAGAUAUGUUAGCUCUACAGUGAUAUUUAAGCUAAUUGUAAGCUUUUUUUUCUUAAUUUCAAAUCUAUAUUUCUUUCGUCUUUUGUUUUUUUCAUGAAACAAAUAUCUCUACUAUCCACAGCUUAAA